AUGCGCCCAGCAGUGGAGGAAGUGGUGAUUGAUCCGUAUGACUUCUUCAUCGAUGUGGGCAGCCUGGUGCUUGAAGGGCGGGUUCCGUGCUGCACUUCUCGCAAGGGUGUCAUAGAGGGCCCUCACUGUCCACCCAUUACUUCGGGACAAGCACGUCAUAGUUGCCACAGUAACCCACUCGUUGAGUGCCAGCGGUAUGAGGUAGCCCUGAAGCACAUGCUGAUGCUCUGGAGAAACAGCAUCCCAAUGGCUGUCGAAGUCCUGCUGUCGCCAGACUGCGCCCAGUGUAGCAGCACGGACCACACAAGUGGCAUUGACACCUCCUCAGCGCCUGAUACAUCGCAUCUUCUGCUAGAACAGUGGUACAUCCAAAUGCUGCCAAGACGUGUUUCAGAAGCGACCGCUCCGGCACGAUGCCUGCUCCAGGCAAUGCGGUCCUACCUUUACUUCUCGCAAAUCAGUGCCUGGUAUAGCCUCUCAGGUGGAAGGAGUCCUCGGAGCAUCUACUACAGGAUCUCUGUGCCAGGAGAGGCAUUCUCCAGCAAGUUCCUCUGCAGUCCUCACGUCCACAACUUUCCUGUGGCAAACCUUGGGCGCAACACUUACCUCAAGGUCUCUGUCAAGUCUGCACCCAGGUGCCCAAAUGGCAUACCGGCCAUUGCCUGUGCCAAGCAUCCUUCCGUGCCUCCCAUGUCCACGACUCCUACUGAGCCAUUGGGACCCACUAUCACUGCCACACUUCAGAGCCGGUCCAACAGAGACGUUAACAAUGAUGGGCUCAUCAGAAACGACGAGUCUGUUGCCAAGCGCAAGCCUAAAAAGCACAGCAAGGGCGACCUGUCGGCUGACGUACUGUUGGGGGAGAGCCUUCUCGAUCCCCCGCAAUCUCUGCAGAUGUACCCCAAACGGUACCAAAGCCCAUCGCGGUGUGGAAGCCCAAGUGUCGAGGCACCCGAGCAUCUGUUGUUUGGGAGCCGAGCCCAGUCGCCUCUGGAGCCAAGCGGAGAAGCCGAGACGGAGCACAAGCGAGGAAGAGCACCGAGGCGCCCUGUGAUUGAGCGCUUCCUUAAGAAGAGCGGAGAGCCACUGCCCGGUGAUGUGUUUGCUCCAGAUGCUCCCACUGCCAGCUCCAACCGGGUACAGCCAAGGAAGGAGGAAAUAGCACCAACUCCUUUCUGGCCAAACCAGCAGCACAGCCGAGUGAGGAGCCUUAUGGUUCCAUUGCAGGCUCCGGAACAGCAAGCAUCUUUUGUUCCGGCAACCCCUCAGUCCCCUCUUCUGCUCAGCAAUGAGCGAGUCAUCGCUAGUGUGGAAGAACUCGGUGAAAACAAACUGCCUGACAAGUUUGCUCGUGCUGCUUCGCCCGACCAGUGUGGAUUGAAGCAGAGUUUCGAGGACAUGAGUCUGUGUCACAUUGGCAAACCGUCUGCCAAGCACAAACUGAUCUCUAGCAGCUCUAGUUCAGUGUUACACGAGCAGCCGCCAGCUGCCAAGCCUCAUUUUCAAAGGACGUCAGAGCCCAAUGUGCAAAGCCAGUGUGUGGCGAGUACAGUGACCGAUGACAAAGUGGAGCACAGGACCGUUGCGAAGGUGGUGAAAGCUAGUGGUAGCAGGUGUGAUGGUGGUGUUGCAGCUCACAAGGAAGAAGCGAAUCAUACUAAGCGAGGUUUAGGGCACAGUAAAACCUGGAGCGAAGGUCUGUGUGACCUGAAGCUCAAGGAUGGAGUGGUUGGGAAAGGCAGCCACAUCUUCAACAACCUCAUUCACAAGCACAAAGUGAGGCAGAACAUCCUUAAGUGUUGCAGUCGAUGAAGAUUGGGCACAUUUUGCGUCUUCAUUCUCACCUAGGCGGGCAGUUAGCAUAUUGUACGCCGUCUAGUAGAGUUACCUAAGUGAGCAGCCGCUUUUGUAAGUUACACAGACGUGUCUUUCAUACAUACCUAAUUAAUCAAGAAUAGAUUUUGUUAACUACAAGCUUUGAAGCACCAUUUAGGCUUUUAAUUUAUAUAUGGACUUGCUAAACU